CUCUUCUGCGCAUGCGCUGGCGUUGUGUGUGUCCGUCUGCAGCUCUACUGUUUUUUUUUUCUAUUUUAUCCAGUUUUUAAUCCAGAAUUUAACGCCACACUUUUAGACCCUGCCUGUCCUGCACCUGUUUUAACAAGGUGAAACAGCUGAAACGUGAAGUUUGGUGUGAAGGGGGACGUGAAGUAACGAACAGCCUGCUGUUGAAAGAGUUCAACUGCACAUUAAAAAUGAGCCGCCCGGACCCGAGAGCAGAGGGAAAUAAAUCACAUUUUCCCCACAUUAAAACGUCUCCAUCCAGGAACAACUUCAUAGAAAGGCUGCCGCAUGAGAUCCUGGUGAAGAUUUUCUCGUACCUGGAUGCCACCUCGCUGUCUUACAUCAGCCACGUCAGCAAGCUGUUCUCUGAGCUCUCCAAGGAUGAUGUCAUAUGGCGUGGGAUUUACAUGUCAGAGUUUGGGUGUCGAAUGUGGAAUCUGAAGCCAGCAGCACCGAGGGUGGACCCAGCGGAGGUGGAGGGUUGCUCGACGGGCCACUGGAAGGAGAAAUACUUCAGGACUGUGAAUGCGACGGAAAUGAACAUGUGGAGGAGAGAGAUGAUAAAUGUUCGGCCCUUCACUGGGUUACCGUGGAGGACAGACGGGUUCCUCAGGGAACUGCAUGUGAGCUGGGAACUGACGGUGUGUGAUCGGCGGGGGCAGGAGGUCACGAUGAAGCAGAGCAAAGCGUUGUUCUUCCAGUCCUCUGUGAUCGUCCGCUGGAGUGAAGGAAGGUUCCCUAAAUACCAUCACAUCAGAGACAUGAAGCUGUACGGAGUCAGGAAGGAGACGCUAAAGACCAGGCCCGGCUGGCGCUCUCUGAUCUUAAAGCUCGACAUGAGGACUCGGCCCCCUCGGUUCAUUGACAGAGACAAAGCAGUCAAAGUGAUGCAUCACCAGCCAGGCUUCAUCGUAGGCGUCUGGAGGGUUGACGGCAGCGUGGCCUUCAUCAUGGUCAGCCUGCACCUCCACAGGCUGGUGGAGAGGAGUCUGCUGGGAUCUCCAGUCUGCCCGUUCUCUGAGCCUGACGACCCUCCACAUGUGGAUAACUCCGACCCUGAGUUUGGUCUGCACGGCUACAGUCUGCACGCCCUCCUGCACAAACCCGGCGCUGAGAUCAUGUCAGAAAACUUCGGCAAUCUGUCCUUUAACACGGGUCGUAUCCAGCGUGGACUGUUGGAGAUGAGGGUCAUCAACACCACCGACUUGUUCCAUCACAGGCCGCUGUCUGGGAACAUCACACUGCCCUGGGUGAGCGGCGCAGUGGAGGGCUCAGUGGAGAAAUGCUGCAUCAUGACGUUGACUCUGCUGGACGAGUUCCAGAAACCCUUCUGGUGCCUCAGCUCGCCCAUCGUCAUCACGCCGGCAGAGAGGCGGCUGUCGUUUGACUAUGACGGCGAGCACUUUGUGAUGGUGCUCUACCGCACAGACGGCAGGGUGGAGUUAAAGCUGGUGUGGUUAAAGGAGAAGAGGCAGUUUUUUCUUAUUGGCUUCAACCUUUUUAUUCCUGUUCAUAGAGUUAACAAACGUUUCAGCUCUGCCUUCUGAAGUUCAGUUUGAGUUCACGCUUUUAUUUCUAAUUCAGUUUCCUUGGUUUCAAUCAGCAUUCCAUCAGUUGUUUGUUCAUGUGUUUAUUUUAUAAAAAUAUUGAGUAAAAAAAAAAAAAA